GUUAUCAAGAGAAAUCGUUUGUGAUGUUCAGAAUGUAACUAUUGAUUGGUUAGAACUCAAGCGUGCGACUGCCAAGAAGGAUAUCUUUUCAGGUACUAAUGAAUCCCAAGGUUUGGAACUUGAAAUGGAAAAUGAUGACGAUCAAAGCAGUUACUUCGCGGACGAUGAGACAUCAAUUUGUCAGUCACCGUCUACCACUGAAUUUUCUAAUGAGGAUGAGUGCAUUGAAUCAAAAUGGUCCAAGUUAUCCCACAUUCUAAGGGGUAAUCCAGAAUUUAUAGAACAGUUAAGUCUGUGCUUGGACCGGGAUAUGAGAUUGAUACAUAAUUGGAAACAUUUAGCAUCAACGCUGGAAGUUGAGGUGGAUGUCAUCAAACGAUUAGAACAGUACGGUGACUUCAGUCCUACAUUCCGAUUAUUUGAUUUUCUUGAGUCCUGGAAACCGGAUUUAACGAUUAAAGAACUAAAGGAGACCAUGUUGGAGAUCGGGAGAAACGACCUACUCAAUUUACUGACCACAGAAGUUGUUUGCAUUGACUCUGAAAGAGUUGUUGAUGUAAUCACUAAACCAAGAGAAGCCCCUUCACCCAGAGCUGGUAUUUUGGACGAACUUGCCUUGGCUCUGGAUGGGCGGUCACUGGUUUUGUCAAACUGGUACACCUUGGCAAUUAAACUGGGCGUGCAAAGAAUCACAUGUUGGACGUUUGAAAGACGAUCCACAGAAAAUCCGACCGGCAAACUGUUCCAGUAUUUGGCUACUAGUUGCCCACAAUUGACACUUAAUAGUCUCAAGGAAGCUCUGGAUUCUUUUGACAGGAGGGAUUUGAUGAACUUUCUUAAAAAUAAGAACCUAGGAGAUGAGGUAUUACUUAAGGAUGUCAUUACCCCUGGAUCAGAACUAUUAGAAAAGAUAUCGCAAGAACUUAAUCGAGAUGACAAUAUCGGCGUCAAAAACUAUGUACAUCUGGCCCGUAAGUUGGAAGUACCAGCCGAAAUUCUUCGACAGUUUGCUGAUGUCCAACAAUGCAGGAAAAGUCCUACCAAAGAGGUCUUGGAAUGGGUGGCCGCUCGGUUCCCUGAAACAAGGCUAAGUGAUAUUGCACAGGCACUUGAAAAGAUCCAGCGAAAUGACGCCAUACAGAUAAUAUCAAGGCAUUUUCCGAACACAAUUGACUCAGUUUUAAAAGAACCUAGGUGUUCAUUUCAGGGCAGCUUGAACGUGCCAGAUCCAACACGUGCGAUGAUUUCAACCAGCCGCAGGAGAGAAAGGCGUGUUUCGCCUCCUAAGCAAGUGUUUGCCACAGGUGUUUAG